AUGAGAGCCUCAACGUUUGGUGUAAUCAUAGGUGAACUCGUGUUUACUUCGCAUUUUGCCACUUCAAACCAUGAUGAAAAGCCGUUCUUUAUUUAUGAGCCAAUACCUAUUCCGUUUAAUCACCAACAGAAACGUGUAAGACUUUCUCAAAUGCCGGCUUACGUUGCGAUUCAACUCGAUUCUCGCCAGUUUGUACGAUGGUCUCCAGAAGAAGCAGAGCCAUGCUGCUUUCAAGUGAUGACGUCCUGUCGUGUAAACCCAGUUAUCCGCAAAGAUCUUGAGGAUAUGUGUAUUUAUCAAGUUUUAAUCAGCACGCCACUAAAAUCAUGCCGCAUAGAGCCGUAUCUCGAACCAAUAUUUGUGCGUAAAGUAGGAAAUUUUUGGGCCAUCUCCAUGAAUUCUUCCACAACAUGUCACCGAGCUACUCCGCUGGAUUCUGAUAACUAUAAAAUUAUGAAUAACAAUGCAAUAACUCUACCACCUACCUCCUUACUUUCCGCUAAAGACGGAGCCGCUUUAUCUUGUGAUUAUUUCUACUUGCAUGGGCUUCCCAUUCAAUCCCACUCCAGACUAGUUCUAUACCAAAACUUAACGGUGAAUGCUGUUGAGGAGGAAGUCAUUGACCUACACUCUUUCAUACAUAACAAUACUCAGUGGGAAAAACAGCCGUACAUUCCAUCGCAUAUGCAAUCUAUUAUUGAUCUUAUCACCAAUACCACCACGCCUUCCGAAAUUCUAUUUUGGGGACAGUUUAAAACGCAUUCAAUGCUCACAUUCGGCAUUGUCCUAAUAGCACUAUUGAUUCUAGCGGUACUUUUUCUAAUCGGUUACAUUCGCUUCAAACAUACGAAACAAUCAAAGGUCAAGAUUACAAUACCAUCAUUCAAAACAUUAGAACAGCAAGAACUGGCACUCCCCAAGUGA